AUGGGCAUGCAGGAACAAGAGGAGAGAGGUGGACUGAUUGAUAGGGAGUGGGUGGACUUUUCAACGAGCCACUUCACUUCACGGGCUUUUGAGGCGCCUCAAAAGACAGACCCAAUAGCGAGCCACUUCACAGUGAGGGCUUUUGAGGCGCCUCAAAAGACAGACCCAAUAGCGAGCCCCUUCACAGUGAGGGCUUUUGAGGCGCCUCAAAAGACAGACCCAAUAGCGAGCCACUUCACAGUGAGGGCUUUUGAGGCGCCUCAAAAGACAGUCCCAAUAGCGAGCCACUUCACAGUGAGGGCUUUUGAGGCGCCUCAAAAGACAGACCCAAUAGCGAGCCACUUCACAGUGAGGGCUUUUGAGGCGCCUCAAAAGACAGACCCAAUAGCGAGCCACUUCACAGUGAGGGCUUUUGAGGCGCCUCAAAAGACAGACCCAAUAGCGAGCCACUUCACAGUGAGGGCUUUUGAGGCGCCUCAAAAGACAGACCCAAUAGCGAGCCCCUUCACAGUGAGGGCUUUUGAGGCGCCUCAAAAGACAGACCCAAUAGCGAGCCACUUCACAGUGAGGGCUUUUGAGGCGCCUCAAAAGACAGUCCCAAUAGCGAGCCACUUCACAGUGAGGGCUUUUGAGGCGCCUCAAAAGACAGACCCAAUAGCGAGCCACUUCACAGUGAGGGCUUUUGAGGCGCCUCAAAAGACAGACCCAAUAGCGAGCCACUUCACAGUGAGGGCUUUUGAGGCGCCUCAAAAGACAGACCCAAUAGCGAGCCACUUCACAGUGAGGGCUUUUGAGGCGCCUCAAAAGACAGACCCAAUAGCGAGCCACUUCACAGUGAGGGCUUUUGAGGCGCCUCAAAAGACAGACCCAAUAGCGAGCCACUUCACAGUGAGGGCUUUUGAGGCGCCUCAAAAGACAGACCCAAUAGCGAGCCACUUCACAGUGAGGGCUUUUGAGGCGCCUCAAAAGACAGACCCAAUAGCGAGCCACUUCACAGUGAGGGCUUUUGAGGCGCCUCAAAAGACAGACCCAAUAGCGAGCCACUUCACAGUGAGGGCUUUUGAGGCGCCUCAAAAGACAGACCCAAUAGCGAGCCACUUCACAGUGAGGGCUUUUGAGGCGCCUCAAAAGACAGACCCAAUAGCGAGCCACUUCACAGUGAGGGCUUUUGAGGCGCCUCAAAAGACAGACCCAAUAGCGAGCCACUUCACAGUGAGGGCUUUUGAGGCGCCUCAAAAGACAGGCCCAAUAGCGAGCCACUUCACAGUGAGGGCUUUUGAGGCGCCUCAAAAGACAGACCCAAUAGCGAGCCACUUCACAGUGAGGGCUUUUGAGGCGCCUCAAAAGACAGACCCAAUAGCGAGCCACUUCACAGUGAGGGCUUUUGAGGCGCCUCAAAAGACAGACCCAAUAGCGAGCCACUUCACAGUGAGGGCUUUUGAGGCGCCUCAAAAGACAGACCCAAUAGCGAGCCACUUCACAUCACAGUGA